AUGAGAGUGAAGUACAUGACAGCAAUGACAAAAGGAACUAAUAUCAAACCUAAUGAAAUCGCUCACGAGGACAUAGAGCUUAACAAGUACUUUGUGGAGUAUCUUAUAAGUGAAGAGUAUGUAAGACCUUACUUCAUGUUUGACAGCAUGAAUGAGGAUGUUAUUUCAUGGUUAAAGAAUAUAAGCAAUGUUUUCGGUAAGUACGUCAUAGAUGACAAAGGUCUUGUUGUAUUUUAUGAGACAGCAAUACGAACACAGGAACUAAUGGAUAUUAUGCACUCAACAGCAAAGAAAGGAUUUAGUACUAUUGGCAUGAAUGAACAUUGCAGGAAUGACAUAUACAACCUAUGCUCACGAAAGCCUUACACAAAAGCAAUACAAAUGAUAGAACAUAAGUGUCUAAGGUCAGCAAAUGAAAUCAUUACUGUCAGUGGUUAUGAAAGAACUGUUAGCAAAGAUGAGUGGAAACAGCUAUUCAUAUUAAGGAAGGACGUUGCUGAACUAGUUAAACCUGUUGCACAAACAUUGUUUCAGAUAAGACCAGCAAUGACUAAGAACCCUUUGACCUUAGUCAAUGAGACCAUAGAGGUUGAAGAUAAUGACAUGAAAGAACUAGGAAUGAAUGAGAGAAGUUGUGAAGGAUGUUUGAGUCAAAACACAUGGUUCUUCAGAGCUGUUAAGAAACUUAGUAAAGAACGACAGAAAUAUUUUAUAGAGAAGUAUUGCAAAGGAUGUGUAAAUGAAUUGCUUGAAAUAGAACUUAGAGACACUUUCACACUAAAGGACUUGAGAAGAAAUAAGUACAUGAGUGAAGAAGGUAUUGACAUAGCUAGUGUUAUAAAUGACUUAAGAAGAUGUGUUGUCGUUAUUGACGGAGCACGUAUGACAUAUCUAGUGAAAGAUUAUGAUGGAAUACGAGACACAACAACACUUGUAUCAAUAGAUAGCAAGGAAUUCAAUAAGCUCAUGA